AUGACAAACGAUACACGCAUUGUAGCAUGUGGAGAAUACUCUGAAGGCAUUGCCAUUGUCACCGCUCGAGUUGGCAACGGUCGAUGUUUGGUAUUUGGAAGUAAAUAUUAUGUUACUGCUUUUCUUGAUAAUAACCCUGAAGAUAAGCGUUUUAUUGAAAACUGCCGUCGAUGGUUGUCUCCAGGAAAAGAUAAUGCACAAUUCGAAUCGAUCGAUGAAAUAGAAUCAAUGAACAGUGUUAAGGAAAAAGAAACAAUUAUUGUUUGA